AUGUCUGACCGAGAAGAUAUCCCCAAUACCACUACACCCGAUGGUGGACUGGUCACCACCGGUCCUGCUACUGAUGCCCAAAUCCCACCUGGCACUACCACCGCUCUUACCGAAAAUACAAGUACGAAUCCUACCAACUCGGCUUUUGCAUCUUCUACCGAUUCGGAAACACUCAUGUCGACUGCUGUCGGGGAAGAAGCUUCAGAAACCACAACCACUUUAACUCCAUCGCAGUCACAUAUCUCAUCGAGCUUGAUUGAGAGUAAUCCAGAUCUCUUACAAUCCACUUCGACGGGACCUACCGAACCUUCCACUUUGGAUGAGCCCACCACCUCGAGUAUUUCGUCCUCCAUUUCUUCUCUCGCGUCAAAUAUUGCCAGCUCCCAGACUACCAACACAUUCAGAACAACUGAGCAUUCCUCAAGCGCUGUGACCACUGACCGAUCCAGCACCGCGUUGACAAGUUCUAGUAGCUCAACCACUAUCAGUACGAGUGAAAGUCAUGGGGUACCAACUUUGACUGCUAUGACCACAUCUAUCCCACCUGUACCUCCACCAGUCUCAUUAUUCACCUCGUCUUCCACAAUACCCUCCGAGCAAACAUCCUUCUCUUCAACCCCUUUCACCGAAUCAACAUACGAAUCCUCCGCCCCGGCCACAUCAGGGCAACACGAUACCCUGGAACCUUCGCAGCUGGCUUUGGCCAACUUGCAGGUCGACUCGACCUCUGGGCAAACAAGUAGUUCGACAUCUUCUUCGCAGGUGAUUAGCAUCGCCUCUACUACACCCAUUGGCUCAAAUGCGGCGAAUUUGGAGCCCACUGCUACGGAUAGUCUCCCUGCGGAGGAAGGGAGUGCGACAAGCGAUGGUACCUCUGUAACGCCCGGUGCUGAUUCUGCUCACUCCAGUUCAAAUCCUGAUACGAAGGAUGGUGGAGGGGGUAAACUCAGUUCUGUGGCUAUUGUUGGUAUAGUGGGCGGAAUUCUAGUAGGCUUGAUACUACUGUAUUUGGCAUGGUACCAAUGGCGAAAGAAGAAAGCUCGAGAAGCAUUACUUGACGUUUCUGACGAUCCGAUGGACGAGAAAUUUUCACCUACCAUGCAUCCAAGUCGAAUUACCCGAUCGUCCUUCGGUGCGGCAGAUCCUAUCACUCCUUAUAUCUAUCGUCAGAAAGGUAACAGACCAGGUGAAGUGACAGAUGAUGAUGAUGACGACUGGUAUGAUCCCAAUGCGAUUGAUCAAUUUGUCUCAUACGAGUACGACAAUAACGCCGGAAGUAGACAAACUCAAUAUAUGGUUACUUCUUCUGGCCCUCACGCUUGCAACAACCAGAAUCCAUUCGAAGACAAUCUAUUCUAUCCAAGCAAAACGGCUCUACCUACCAGUGAUGGAACUACGAAUUACACUUAUGAUACAGAAGCUGAGAUGGAGAUGACUGCUUCCUUAGCUGAAGACAUGUCUCCCGAGUUGUUACGUCGAGAAGCUUCUCAACGAUCCCAUGACGAUGCAAGAAUCGAAAACCCUUUCGUACCUCCCAUAACAAACGGUAAACUAGGGAGAAACGAGACUGUUCGAACAGUUAGGACUAUUCCUGCUGUACCAUCGGACGUAGACGGUAUGAGCAUUUACGAAUCAUAUACGACCAUACGUCAAAGUACUAGACCUCAUUCAGGAGUUUCAGAAUAUACUGAACCUUCAACUUCAAAUUUAUUACCUUGGAUCAAUAAAAGCAAUAAUCCUGCACAUGCACGAGACGCACAACCUGUACCGCCAGUACCCACGAAGAUGAAUAUUGAUAUGAUACCAAACAUGACUAAUUUAGAACAAGAGAUUCGACAACCACCUAGAGCUAUGAUGAAUCAGAUCCCAAGUAAGGAGGUUCCCAAGGGAUAUGGAGGUGAAUUGGCGGAGAUACCCAUACCGAGUUUCAGAUAA